GCUACUAUCUGGUUCAUGGGAGGUAAUGUCUUUGAUUAUGUCCACGGAUUCUAUAAAAAAGAAUCAUUGCAAAAAGCAUAUGGACAGAGUGUGCAUCCUAUGCCUAGUCCAGAUAUGUGGCCUCAGACAGGACUCAACCCAAUUGAUCCACCACCUGAGACGAAGCUGCCUGGAAGACCUAAGAAAGCUAGGAGAAGGGAGACAGAUGAACCUCCACCUGCUUUAAAGAAAGCUCGAAGAACUGGACAAGUUAAAACAUGCAGCAAUUGUCUGAAAACAGGCCAUAGGAGAGAAACAUGCAAAUCUGCUAAGGUGGUGGUUGAGAAUCGUGUGGUCAAAAAGCGAGGUCGUCCACCACUGCAGAACCCAACUGAAUCCACACUUUUAAGGAAGGAAAGAAGACUGAAACAGCAUGCUAAAGGAGGAACUAGUGGUGCAACCAAUGCUCAACCCGAUACUGUCUGACUGGAAGGAGGAGUUUCAUCUUUUGA